AUGUAUUUUCGAUCAAUACUGUUUAGUCUGAUCGGUGCAGUGCUUGCACGACAACAUGCAUCUCACCACUCUCUGCUCUUCAAACAACUGCCUCUACAAGACUCGGGAACAGCAAACACAAGCUCAAAUGCCCUGCCCUCAUCCACACGAGCUCACUGGAUGCGAGUAGCGAGUUCAGCCAACCUAGCCAUUUCUGCUUGUCCAUUUGCACCAUAUGGAACCGCUGUGGUCAACCACACACUCUCCGUUUCCAAUUCUUCAGAGCUUGGAGAGUUGAUAUGUACUGGAGUGAAUGAUAACCAUCAAUCUGGCAACCCUACAUUACAUGGAGAAAUGGCAGCAUUUGGAAAUUGCAGCAGGAUUCUUACGGAUCCGGAGGAAAAGUAUAAGCUUUCUGCUCAGGAGGCACGGGAGGCUUGGAAGAGCUUUUCGUUGUAUACUACUGCUGAGCCAUGUCCCAUGUGUGCCAGUGCCAUUGCCUGGGCUGGAUUGAAAGAAGUAGUAUAUGGCACUAGCAUUCAACGAUUGAUCGAGCUGGGAUGGCCACAGAUUGAGAUUGGCAGUCAAGAAGUUUUUGACAGGGCUUGGAGGUUGUCAAGCGAGACGCAAGUUGUUGAAGACGUGCUUGCGGAAGAAAUGGAUCAGUGGUUUGGAUGGCAGUUUAGAGACGGAGAAUGUCCUGAUGGGUGUAGCAGGAGAAACGGUACUUGUGUGCCUGAGGAAUGA